AUGGCGGACGCACCGAGCUCGUACCACGUGGUCGACCGAAAUGGCCGCCGGAAGCGGCGGUUGCCCUGCCGACAAAUAAACACAACUCCCGGCAAGAUCGCGCUUCCCGCUGUACUCACAAAGCAAUCGGGCGGUCCCCGCAAUCAACCGCAGCCAGGCAUGGCCCCCGAAGCAGCAGAGAUAAGCACCCGCGAAUUACAAAUGAAAGAACGAAGCAGCCAAACCUCAAACCUCCGCGUUAUCCGCGCUCCAAUCUGUGUCCCUCCGAGGUCCUCCCCUGAGCCGCGGGCGAAUGGCACCGAAUCCCCAAAGAAGGACUACGUGCCGUGGGGCGCGGUGAAAAAGCACGAGUGCUCUGAACCAGCCAGGCACCGCGUCGAUCACGCUGUGAUGUCCGUGGCUCCCAGGCAGCAGCGGCAGCCGCGAAGACAAAGCGAUCCCGGCUCCCUUCUGCGCUGCAGCCGAUCGAGCUCUCCUGCAGCGAGACCGAGGCUCCACGCUAUCCGCGGCGCAGUCGAGGCAGCUCAGAAACACGAAGCGAGGCGCGGAAAACAGAAGUCGCUCAGAAAAUAUCAGCUCCAAAAGAAAUAUAAGCUCCAAAAAUAA